AAACCAGUUGCUCUUCAACCUUAAUUUCUCAUACAACCUCUGGUUUUGGAUCAUAAGUUCUUGCUCAGAAGAAGAAAGCAGCAUUAAGAACCAACUUUCUGGACAUGGGAUAUCUUAGCGGAUCCUUACAGUCAUCAUCAAACAUCCUAAGCUUCCAUUCCACUGCCAAAUGGAAUGCUCACCUUAAUGCCUCCAAAGUAACCAACAAGCUGAUGGUGAUUGAUUUCAAUGCUAGAUGGUGUAAACCCUGCAAAUCCAUGGACCCGGUCAUCCAAGAUUAUGCUGCAAGAUACACAGAUGUGGAGUUCAUCAAGAUUGAUGUGGACGACUUAAUGGAGGUGUCUGAAGCAUUCCAAGUUCAGACGUUGCCGACAUUCUUACUGAUUAAGAAAGGCAAGGUUGCUGCAAGAGUGACAGGUGUAAGGAAGGAGGAGCUGCAAAAGUUGAUUGAGAACCACAGGAGAGUAAUUGUGUGACCAUGCCCUGAGAAGUCUCAAGGCUCUCCAACAUCUAUCUACUAUGACCAUUUACAACGGAGCAAUACCAGCAACCUAAGAUAACUAAAUAAGUUGGUGCGAUUGUUUGCUUUAUUGUUUAACAUGUGUCGGUGCCUAUAUUUAUUUAUAUAUCAUAUAAAUGGGCAGUGAUACACCUGGCCCAUCUUUUCAUAAUAAACCACACGUUCAUUGGAUUC